AUGUCUAUAACAUUAAUUAAUCAAAGGCAAUUGGAUCCCCUAAAAGAGUCAACUUCUAUUGAAGUUGAUGAUGAUGAAAAUUAUUCCAAAAAUAAUAAUAAUAAUAAAGAUAAAAAACAUUGUGAAAAUGUUUUUUCUAUUACUCCUAUAAGAUCAGCUUUCAUAACAAUAAUAUUAAUAGCAUGUAUAAUAGCAAUACUUUAUGAUGUUAAUAUACCACAUAAAGAUAUUUUUGUACCCCUAGAACAAAAUCAAACAAUAUUACAUACUGGUUGUGGAUUAACUGUUAAUAUUGGUGAUUGUAAUCCUGAUGAUUGCCCAUUUGGAAUAUGUGAAGCACGUUACAUAAGAUAUUACGAUGAUAUCUCAAAAGUUGAUAGAACUAAAAAAUUUUGUCAAUGUGUUGAGACUCCUAUGUGUAAUUUAAUAGGAAUGAAAAUUCAUUCAGGUUGCCGUGAUUAUGCAGGAUUAUCAGAAAUAGGUCAGGAAAUGAUUAGAAAAUGGAGUAUGACAGCAAUGGAAAAACAUUAUAAUAAUAAUAUAAAAAAAAGAAAAGUUAGAACAUUAAAUUUAUAUGCUUUUACCUUAUCAAAUACUACAAAUACAAUAACAAAAAUAGAUAAAAAAAGAAGAAAAAUAAGAAAUGAUGGUAAUAAACAAAUAUUGUAUAGUGAAGAUAAAAGGCAUUUACAAUUAUUUGAAGGAAUUACAAAAUUUUGUUGUAGACGAUCAAAAGUUAAAUCAAGAUAUAUGGUAAGCUCAAUGUUUAGAAGUUCUUCUUCAAUACCAUCAAAAAAUAUUCAUAUUUAUUUAUUUUUACUAUAUUUUAUCAACCAAAAACUAUUUAUUAGUUAG